AUGGUGUUCACUGAGCUCCUGGAGCAGGCUGGGGGUGCGGGCUUCUUCCAGGCCCUGCAGGUCCUCACCUUCUUCCUCCCGUCUGUCUGGGUGCCCAUCCAAUUAGUUGUGGAGAACUUUUCAGCUGCUGUCCUAGGCCACUGCUGCUGUGCCCACAUGCUGGACAAUGGCUCUGAGGCCCCCGGAAACCUCACCCCCGAGGCCCUCCUGGCCGUCUCCAUCCCACUGAGCCCCAACCAGGAGCCCCACCAGUGUCUGCGCUUCUGCCAACCACAGUGGCAGCUCCUGGACCCCAACGCCACGGCCACCAACUGGAGCAAGUCUGCCACGGAGCCACGCGUGGACGGCUGGGUCUACGACCGCAGCACGUUUACCUCCACCAUCGUGACCGAGCAGGACCUGGUGUGUGACCACCAGGGCCUGAAGCCCCUAGGCCGGUCCAUCUACCUGGCGGGGGGUCAUGGCGGGUGGAGCACCUGGGGCCUCCUCUCCCACCAGUGAUUUGGGCGGAAGCCUGUUCUGAGCUGGCGCUGCCUGCAGGUGACGUCGCCAGCAUCAGCCCCAUCGUUGCCUCCAAUCUCCUUUCUACGAUUUUUGAGCACUUUGGGAUUGUCUGGCAUCAUCCUGACCUCCGCAACGCUCAUGGUGGAGUGGACCACGACCCGCACGAGGGCUGUCACCAUGACGACCCUGAGAUGCACCUACAGCAUCGGCCAGACGGCCAUGGGCAGCCUGGCCUUUGCCCUGUGGGACCGGCGAGCCCUCCAGCUGGCCUUGUUGGUGCCCUUCUUGGUCAUCUUGCUGAUAUCCUGCUGGCAGGUCUGCUGCCCACCACCCCCUCCCCACAUGACCUGGGGGCAGUGCCCAAUCUACACGAAGAAAACAAAGGCCCAGCCAAGCACCCGCUUCUUUAACCGGUGGCUGCCAGGAUCCGCCCGAUGGCUGAUUACGGUGGGCAAAACAGAUCGAGCGCUUCAGGAACUCAAAAAGGUGGCCAAGGUAAAUGGCCACAAGGAAGCCAAAAAGACACUGACUAUAGAGGAGAGAUGCUGUUUGUGAUACAGUGUACUGAUGUCCAGCAUGGAGGAGGACAUAGCCUCUGCGAAGUCCUGCCGGUCAGGGCUGGACCUGUUCCGUAUAAUCGCGCUCCUCUGGAGAAGCUGCAGACUGUUGGUAGCGAGCUUGUCCCUCACCCUCUCCUACUAUGGGCUAGUCCUCCUCCUGCAGAACCUGGGUAGCAGCGUCUUCUUCCUCCAGGUCCUCUUUGGAGCUGCGGACUUCCGGGCCCGGAUCACCACCACGCUCCAACUCAGGUUCUUUGGCCGCCGCACUACCCUGCCCGGCUCCCUGGCUGUGGCUGGCCUCGCCAUCCUGGCCAAAAUGCUGGUCCCACAAGAUCUGCAGACCCUGCAUGUGAUCUUGGCUGUGCUGGGAAAGGGAUGUUUUGGCAUCAGCUUAACCUGCAUCAUGGUCUACAAGCCGGAACUCUUCCCAACUUCACUGUGGAUGACCGCAGUGGGCCUGGGCCAGACGGCAGCCCAAGGGGGAGCCAUCCUGGGGCCUCUGCUGCGGCUGCUGGGUGUACACGGUGCCUCCCUAUCCCUGCUGGUGUACGGGGCAGUGCCAGUGCCGAGCAGCCUGGCUGCACUGCUGCUGCCCGAGACCCAGAGCCUGCCGCUGCGCGACACUAUCCAAUAUGUGUGGAGCCAGGCAGUAAAGAAGGCAACACACAGCACCCAGGGGCGUCCUGUUCUGAAAUCCACACGACUUUAG